CGUUGAAGCCGGCUGCUGCUGUCCUCCCUGUGGAGGAGAACCUGCGCACGUUCACUGCGGACUGGCUGCGUUGACCGCGCGCUCGUUUCUUUGCGACACAAACCUGCUGCCAUGGCCAAAAUGGUCACAUCGCCGAGCGCAACGACAGCUGAAAAGAUGCCUCAACCAUCCAUCACUCUUCUCCCUGACAAGAAAUCUCCAACAAACGGCCACAGCUCUCCAGCUCGGACAGGAAGGAGUAUUCUUCCUUGGCCUGAAACCUUUUGCAACCCAAAGCAUUUCAGAGACAGCUUAGCUUUCCCUCUGCUGGUGAGAAAGAAGCACUGCACCUUCCAACCAUGCGGACUGUGCUUUCUCCAUCCUGCAGCUCCUUCAAACUCAGACAAGAAGCCCCACAUGAACGGAUACGCAUCCCCCUCCCACUUAGCAACUAACGGGAACAGCCACGGUGGCAAACAAGGUGUGGAGGGUUACAUGAAGACGGAUGACAGGAUGCGUUUAGCCAAAGAGAGGCGUGAAGAGCGGGAAAGAAGCCUGGUGGCAAGGGAACAGUUGAUCAGGGAGAAGGAACGGCGAGCUCGGCUGCAGUACGAGCGCACUGUGGAGGAGCGCUGGAGGCGUCUGGAGGAGCAGCGGCAGAAAGAGGAGCAGCGCAGAGCUGCAGUGGAGGAGAAGAGGAGGCAGCAGCUGGAGGAAGAGAGGGAGCGACUUGAAGCCUUGAUGAGACGCUCUUUGGAGAGAAGCCUACAGCUGGAGCAGAGAACAAAACGCUGGAACAGGGGCUGCCCUCCAGGAGCAGGUGACUGUGAGAAUGCCCCACUCCCCUUCUCCGCUGCCUCCGCCUUUUCCCAUGGCAUUGCCUCCCCCCUUCCUGCUGCCAGCGAAUCUGCUCCCUGCAGCCCGCACAGGUCACCUCUCUGCAACUCACUUAACCAUGCAGACCACUACAGAACUGGAGUUCAGGGAGGCUCUCAGUCCACCCCAAACACUCCCAAGAAAGAGCGCCUGCGCAGAGAUCAGAGAACUGCUUCCCCCGGUUGUGGGUCCCCUGUGCGGAGAUCUGAGUCCCCUGCUUGUGUCCCAAAGCAUUUGAAUUCUCCCACUACCUCAAGGUUGGCAUAUAAGGCACGCACCCAGUCUCCAGGCAGCCCCCAACACUACCACCGCUCUCCAACGAGACACUGGACCAACCCGUCAGCUGAAGAUCGGAGGGAGGACAGUAAAGAAAGAAAGGGUGGAAAGUGCAAAGCAGAGAAAAACAACACCGACGUCAACAGCUCAAACCCAUCUUUCCAAGCGGAGAAAAAUGGCAGCUCUGAAACCACAAAAUGCAAGUCUGGCAAAAGUGAACAGUGUGACAAGAACUUCACUGUGGACAAGAGUCAAUCUCCUGACAGAAGAAACCAGACGGCCAUAAAAGUGGACUCCUCUGGGAACAAGGGUGAUGACAAAAACAAAGAUUCUCCACCAGUCACUCCCACAGGGAAGUUGGCUGGCACAACGGAUGCAGAGGAGGCCACCAGGCUGCUCGCAGAGCGCAGGCGUCAAGCUCGAGCCCAAAAAGAAGUGGAGGAGAAACAACGGAAAAAAGAGGAAGAAGAGAGAUUGAUGGAGGAAAAGCAGAAGAAGCUUCUCGCCCUGGAGCAGCAGCGGGAGGCGAAGGCUCAUCCAACAGAAGAGAGAAGGAACAACGUGAAAGAAUCAACCGGACAGAAAAAAGAGGAGAACACAAAAAAAGUGGAGCAGCAAAAAGAGCUAAAGAUCCAGGAGGACACAGAGAUGGACAAAGUCAAGCCCCAGCCGCGAGGAGGUGGGGAGCGUCAGCAGCAAGACACAGAGCUGCUCACACAAGAGGAGAAGCAGAGGCAACUCAGAAAAAAGAGAAUUGAGGAAAUCAUGAAGAGAACACGGAAAGGUGAAGCUGACACGAAGGAGGAGCAGGUGGAGACAAAGUCCGUCUCACCGCCAGGGGACAUAAAACCUAAUGCUGAGGUGAUCAAACAAGAGAGCGUAAAGGUUGAGUUUCAGGUUCAGGUUGAAACAAAACGGGGUUCUCCUCUGAAGAGAGAUGCAGCAGUGCUCAUGGGGGGUAAAGAGGAGAAGGUUCAUCACGUGACUCCUGAAAAGAGGCCAGGCAAACAGCAGGGAGAACAUGGCUGGCAGUUUGGGAGAGAAACCUCUCCAGCUGGUGCUGUAAAGCAGCAGGUGGACCUGAAUGAAAACAAGCAGCUCAGAGAAAAUGUAAAGCGUAAAGAGCCUGUGAAGGCGGUCGCAGGGGCCAAUGCCAACCACAGUGAGGAUGGUACCUCUGUGGGCAACCAUCUUGGAGGCAAACAGCAAAGCUUAAAUGCACAGGCAUCAGCUGUGGGGAAAGUUAAAGCAGGGAACAAGGUGGAGGUGGUCAAACCCUCUGAGAAGCCAGUGGAACGCUUAUCCCCUCCAGUUAUCAAGCUGGAGCCUCUGGAUGUAAAGCGCUCCGGCUCCAGUGAUGAGGUGCAGUCAAUGGACGUUAGUCCAGCUUCAAAGGAAGAACUGAUCUCAAUCCCAGAGUUCUCGCCCAUAACCGAAAUGCAGAACAUUGUCCUGAACGACAACCGAGGUCUGGAGGAACUCAUGGACCUGACAGGAAGUGCCACGUACCCCAAACAGUCCUCGGACAGCAGCAUUGGCGACUGCAACAAGAACCUGAUAGAGGGUGUUGUCAGUCCCAUGUCGGACUCUUCAAAGCACCUGGUGGUGAAGCCCCCGUCUCCGAAUACUCUCAGCAUCCAGUAGCUCAGCACCCCCAUUUUUGCUACUUAACUUGUCUGUUUUUCUUGUUCACAUCUGCACACAGACACACAGGGACAUUGCGUCUAUGUCAGUAUGUCCUUGUCUCUACACUUACAGGAAUAAAGCCAUAGACAUGGAACUAAAAAGAAAUAAUCAAAACAUCUCACAUAUACUAACUAAUCCUUUAGUGUGAAAUAAUGGAUCAAAUGUAUGAAAGGACAGGAAAAGACAAAUAUAUAUAAUAACAUUAAGAUCACUUAGUGCAAUGGAAAAAUACAAAAAGAAAAACAUAUUUAAUGAUGAUGAUGAUUUGCAUUUGCCUGAUUAAAAAAUAUUGUAUAUCAUUUCCAGGGUUAGCUUUAUUCUAGAAUGUGUAAGCAAACACAUAUUUAGAGCUUACAAAUCAAAAACAUCCUAAGAUGCAGCUGAACGUAAACGUAUUUCUCACUGAUAGGUUAACUGAGGUUAAUAUUGUUGUUUAUUUUUGAAAGAUGUUGUUUUUUGUUCAGAUGUGCAUCAACAGGGGAUUUAAAUAAAAAAAAACUAAUUUAAUCUGUCUGAAAGCAAAACACAGCUAAACUGACAACACAACAGGAACACUUCAAAACCAUGAGACAUUUUGAGAUUAUUUUUUUCUGUUUUUUUCCUGAAGUGACAUACGUGCAUGUGCAGGAAUGAGUUUGCAACUAUUAACCUGGAUUUAAGCACUUCUUUAACAGUGCAUCAUCACAUUUGUAGAACAUAGCAAAUCUGAUCUUUAGAACCAUUUGCAAAUAAACUCAAACAUGUUAAAAUCAUGUUGAAAUCAAUUUCAGCACAUUCUAAUUAUAAGGAUUGUGUGGCUCACGGUGAUCCAAAUGCUUUGCAGCUGAAAAAUUGAAAAAUGACAAAGCUGUUUGUGCACCCUGAAAAACUGUUUUGCAGGUGGAGACAAUAUAAGACUAGUCCAACUUUUCUUUCCAGCUAGAAUUAUCUUACGUAAGUCAGAAAAUAAUAUAAAAUUAUCCAAUCACUGCCUGUGAAUAAGCAAUUAAACAGAUUAGCUUUAUGAGGAAUGGAUCAUAUUUGUCUUUAUUAUUAUAUAGCCAUGGAGAUGGUUGUUUAUGUGGCGUUAAAUUUUUUAAUUUUAUUUUUUUAAGAGAAACUAACUUGCUUUGGACAAAUAAAUCCCUUUGAAUCGAACUGAAUCAAUACAUGAGAGUUUAAAGGAACCAAGGAGAGGAUAGAAAUGUUAAAUAAAGACCUGCAUCCUGCUUUGUAUUAAGUAAACCUGAUUUAACAAGGACAAUAGAAUUUUAGAUUAAAAAAGAAUGUAAACGCUUUACACAAGUGGUUCUAGAUGUUUGUGUCUGCUCAUCAAACACAAUUAAACUGUGUCACAGUCAUCAAAUGUCUUCAAGUACUGCAAACACUGUAAACUGUAUGCUUGGGCAUGGUCAUUACUUCAUGAUCUAAGUCAAUAAAAAGGAAAACUAAAAAUGUG